AAUGAGAUAUUUUUAAGAGAAUUUCCAAGCCCACUAACCGACCUGUCAAGCAAACCACUGUAGCAAAUUUCCUUUCACUGGAAAAGAGGAUUGUCUUGCUUUCUCGAUAGUCACUGAGAGAUCAGAAGAAAGAAAAGAGAUGGCUUUUACUCUUCACCACUAUACACUCCCUUUCUCACCUUUUCUCCAUCAAGACACAAACUUCUCUCUUCAAUCUUACCAGAAGCUCACCAUAGAAUCACAAAGAUUGCCGAUAACUCAUUGCUCCAUAAACCAGAAUAACAACAAAACUCUCAGAACAUGCAAGAACUGUAAAACCCAGUUCGACCCUUCCCUUAACCACCCUCGAGCUUGUCGCUUCCACACUUCUCAUUUUGGAGGGGAAACAAAGAGGAAGUUUGAGAGUGUAUACACUGGAGGCACUAUGAGUACUCCUGAUUCUGGCCAAGUUUUUCAAUAUUGGCAUUGCUGUGGGUCUGAAGAUCCCUUUGAUCCAGGAUGUACUGCUGCUCCUCAUUCCUCCUAUGAUGACUGAUGUAGAAGACACUCUUACAAGCGAUGCAGCUGAUAUAUAUAGAAUAUUAUCGAUUAUUACGAAUUUGACUGCAUAUGCAUGUUUCAUUCAUCCUUUGUAGAAAAUAUAUACUGAGGCAAUCCACACGCAUUAUCUUUUCAUUCAACAGCUUGGAUAGGACUUUUAACACAGCUCCAGCGCCAAUAUGCACACAACACUGGUAGUGUACACAGUGCGCAGAUUAUAAGGACCUCUGACUUGUAUUGCCUUGAGUUAAAUACAAUAGGCUUGAAUUGAAUAAAUGGAAAUGCGAUCCGAAUGCUGUGGGUUAGAAA